AGGCACUUGUGACUGAACUCUUCCUGGGAGUCUAGAGGCACAGACUGGUGAUUUUCUCUCAGAUACUUGCUGGUGUGAUAGUUCAGUUUGCAGCAUCAUGACAAGCCUUAGGAAGAGCGUUAAACUCACUAGUAGCAGCAGCAGCAGCAGCAGCAGCCGUGGUGUUAGUGGAGGCUUCAGCAAAGGUUCCAGUCAGAUGAUUGGCACUUCCAGCAAUCGGUUAGUCCGCUCAGCUGUGCAGCCUGGAUCUUAUUCCAGUUACUCACUGCAGGGUUAUGGCUCCAGUCGGCCACGCACCAGCCUGGCUACUGGGAUUGCCGGGUCCAUGGGUUUAGCUCAGGGCUAUAGGGGUGGACUUGGGGCAAGGGGUGGUUCAAGCUCUUUGUCCUUAACAUCGGGGGGUCUCUGGAUGAACAACGAGAAAGAUACCAUGCAGAACCUCAAUCAGCGUUUGAGCUCCUACCUAGACAAAGUCCGCUCACUGGAGUUAGCCAAUAGUACCCUAGAGAAGCAAAUUCAGGAGUUAGUUUCCUCAAGAACCAUUGACUAUUUCGACUGGUCCAUUUACAAGACCACAGUCAAACCUCUGCAACAACAGAUUAUCAGCAGCAUUCAGCUGAAUACCCGCAUCUCCCUGGAGGUCGACAAUGCCAGGCUGGCUGCUGAAGACUUCAAAAACAAGUGGGAGUCAGAACUGAUACUGAGACAGUCAGUGGAGAGCGAUAUUAAUGGACUUCACCAACUGAAGGACACCUAUCUGCAGUUACAGACUGAUCUGGCUCAUGAUGUUGCUGGGCUGGAGGAUGAGAUUGCCUAUCUGACGAGGAACCAUAACGAGGACCUGAAGCUGUUGCGACAGCAGAAGACUCGAGACAUCCAGGUUGAGGUAGAUGCUGCUCCUUCUGUUGACCUGGCUGCGGCCCUGGAGGCUAUGCGAGAAAAUUAUACCAAGAUUGCUGACACGAACCAAAAGGAUUUGGACGAUUGGUACAAGCAACAGGUGCAGAUUCAAGUCACACAGACCACACAGAGUACCCAGGCUCUCGAUGCAAGCAAAGGUGAACUGAUUCAACUGCGUCAGCAAAUGCAGACCCUUGAUGCUGAAUAUAACUCUUUACGCGGCACUAUAUCUGCUCUGCAGAACGCCUUGAACAACACAGACGCUAGAUAUGACAUGGAGCUGCGGAACUUACUCGCCAGGAGCACGCAGCUGGAAGGAGAACUGGGAAAUCUCCUGAACAGCAUAACACAACAGAGCCAGGAAUACGAGAACCUUCUGAACAUCAAGAUGAAGCUGGAGGCUGAGAUUCAGAAGUACAAGACUCUUCUGGAAGGAGGCAGCGAAAAAAUCAUCCAUUCUGGCAGCUCCUCAUCCUCAAUGUCAAAAUCUCAGAUUGGUUCCACGGCAGCCACGACCAAAGUUUCCACAGAAUGGCUAAUUCGCUAGUAACCGGGGUGACUGGCACCAUGGCUCUCACCAAGGGAUCUGGUGAGCAGCCUGAAGCCUGAGGUGUCACAAUACGUAUCCACUGCCGCAGUUUCUUUCUGAAUCUCGGGAUUGAGGGCUCUUUGGUCGUGAGCUUCUCCUAUUACAGUCUUAGCUCUUUUAGUCUUCAUGCUUUUGUUAAAAAUGGGAUGUGUAACAGGGCACCCAAGGCUCCUUCAGAUAGAAUCCUCCAUUUCCAAAUCAAACCCAUGGGUCGCUAUGCAAAUAGAACUAACCCCCCCCCCCCACCUCUCAUUUAAAGGGGAGACGCUGACACCCAUGUGAUGGCCCUUUUUGCCAGUCAGAUCUAUCAUCAUUAGCAUGCUGUUGCUAUGGAGACUGCGUAAAUUAUUCCCAUCUCUUCCACAUUGAGUGGAUGUGCCCCGAGCAGCUGACAGAAGGCCCUGCCCAUGGACUACACCCUUUGGUCAAAGGCUUGGGGAAUCCAAUGGCUGCAUCGGGACUAAUCCAAUGAGUGGAGUUGACUGGUUAUUUCUGGGUUGUUGGGAACCUCCAUGGGUUCAUUCUUCCGGGAAGGGCCAAACCACAAGGCAGACCUUUCUGGUCUAAGGAGCCAGGCCUGUGAGCUAUCAUGUGACUCCUCUACCAGUGGCUUGACACACAAAGCAAGGAGCCUCACUGAGCCCCACUUGCCAUUGGUCAUAGUGACGAGCUUCAUGGGAGCUGGGGGCAGGGCCAGCCUGACCCACUGUGGAACUGGAUCUAUGUCACCUGCGGGAGCCCUGGGUUGCUCUGAAGUCCCAAUGUCUUUCUGCAUGUUCGUCUCCUGCUUAAAGUUAACCAAUAAAAUAAUCCACUUGUCA